GGCGCCUGGGUGCCCGGCGCGAUGGGUGUCGCCUGAUCUCAAUCCCGCCUUGGACCUGGGGCUGGGCUGGCUUUGCAGGGCAGCUCCGGUCCGCGCAGAGCGAUCGCCGGCAGCAAGAUGAAGCAAGAGAAUAUUUUCCUCUUCGUCCCCAACCUCAUCGGUUAUGCUCGUAUAAUCUUUGCUUUUAUUGCUUUUUAUUUCAUGCCAACCUCCCCCUUGUUGGCAUCAUCCUUCUACCUACUUAGUGGCUUCCUUGAUGCCUUUGAUGGCUACGCUGCCCGGGCUCUUAACCAAGGCACCCGCUUCGGGGCCAUGCUGGACAUGUUGACUGACCGCUGUGCUACCAUGUGUCUGCUGGUGAACCUGGCUAUGCUCUAUCCAGAGUCUGCCCUCUUGUUCCAACUGAGCAUGAGCCUUGAUGUUGCCUCCCAUUGGCUGCAUCUCCACAGCACUGUGGUGAAAGGUGGUGAAAGCCAUAAGAGCAUUGACUUAACGGGAAACCGGAUCUUGAGAGUGUAUUACAACUCCCGGCCUGUUCUCUUCAUUAUGUGUGCUGGUAAUGAGCUGUUCUAUUGCAUGUUGUACUUGCUAUGUUUCGGUGAAGGACCAGAAAUCCUGUCCGGAUACGUUGGACUCUACCGCCUAAUUCUGUGGGUUUCUACCCCCAUUGCCAUCACCAAGAGUUUCAUCAGCUUAAUUCACUUGGUCUCUGCCUCAUGUAAUAUGGCUGCCUUGGAUGCUGCUGAACGGGCAAAGAGGGAGUAGGAUUUCAAGAUUCUGGGAAGGAACUCCCCUCAGUCUUCCAGAGGGAUCAGCUCCCAACCUUCUUGAUGAAGGGAUGAGGUCUUUGCCUCAGAUGAGUCACUCCAGUUGUGCAGUUCUUCUUUGAUGUGACCACUUCACCUUUCCAUGAUGCUUUUGUGAUAUCUGUGUGGGAUGAUAAAGUGACUCCUGCCCCGCCCCCAGCUUCUUCUUGUUUCACUCCCAUAGUAAUUUGAACUGUUGAGGAAAAAAAUUGGCUGUUGAGGAGGAUCCUGAUCCCCCAUUUUGAGGGGCAGCUGAACAGCUUGUCAUUUUGGGAUUGAAAACUUUUUACCUCACACUUUUGGGGUAUCUUUGGGGAGAACAAAAUAUAGGACAGAGCAAAACUUG